CUGAGAGGCUACAAAGCAAUAUGGCGGACGUCAAAGCAGCAAAUAAGUUACGAUGGAAGAAAUCUGAAAAGCAUCGCCGAAUACGGCGUAAAGAAACACGGGCGAAAGAAGAUAAAGAAAUCAAAGAGUUAGAGGAUCGUUGCAGAGAUCUAGAUGGUUUAGCCAAUGUGUCAAAGUUUUCUGAUCUACCUCUCUCACAAAGAACACUUCAAGGCUUGAUAGGUGCUGGCUACCUGAUUCCAACUGAGAUUCAAAAGGCUGGAAUACCUAUCUCCUUAAAAGGCCAUGAUGUUUUGGGAGCUGCCAAAACUGGUUCUGGGAAAACCUUAGCUUUUCUUAUUCCCGUAAUUGAAGCAUUAUGGAGACAGCAGUGGUCAUCUAUUGAUGGUUUAGGUGCCCUUAUAAUCUCUCCAACACGUGAACUUGCUUAUCAAACCUUUGAAGUAUUAUGCAAGAUUGGCUGCAAACAUGAUCUCUCAGCUGGUCUUAUCAUUGGAGGAAAGGAUUUAAAACAUGAACAGGAGAGAAUAAGGAGAACAAACAUAGUAGUUUGCACCCCUGGACGACUUCUCCAGCACAUGGAUGAGACACCAGAUUUCACUUGCAACUCCCUACAAGUCCUUGUUUUGGAUGAAGCAGACAGAAUUCUAGACUUGGGGUUUGCUGCUACUCUGAAUGCCAUCAUUGAAAAUCUUCCAGAAGAGAGACAGACCAUGCUUUAUUCAGCAACUCAAACAAGAUCAGUACAGGAUCUUGCAAGGUUGAGUCUGCAGGAUCCUGAGUACAUUGCUGUACAUGAAAACUCAAGCACAAGCACUCCAAAAGGACUAACUCAGAGUUAUGUUGUUUGUGAACUCCCAGAAAAGCUUAAUUUUCUAUAUUCCUUUAUCCGUAAUCACAUCAAGAGUAAGAUUCUUGUCUUUGUUUCAAGUUGUAAACAGGUAAAAUUUAUUUAUGAAUCUUUUCGUCGUCUACGUCCUGGAAUUCCAUUGAUGGCUCUAUAUGGAAAACAAAAACAGCUGAAGAGAGUAGCAAUUUAUAAUGACUUCUGUAAGAAGACAGAGGCUGUGUUAUUUGCUACAGAUAUUGCAGCCAGGGGUCUGGACAUUCCUGCAGUACACUGGGUGAUCCAACUGGACUGUCCAGAGGAUGCCAACACAUACAUUCAUCGAGCUGGAAGAACAGCUAGGUAUCAAAAGAAUGGCCAGUCUUUGUUGGUGUUGUUACCUUCAGAAGAACAAGAAAUGAUCAAGGCUCUAGAAGAAAAAAAGAUACCCAUAAACAGAAUAAGAGUAAACCCACAGAAGCUUGGGUCAAUUCAAAAGAAACUUGAAGCUUUCUGUGCGCAAGACUUGGAAAUAAAGCAGUGGGCACAAAAGAGUAUUGUAUCGUACGCAAGAUCCGUGUUUUUACAGUCAAACAAAAAGAUUUUCGAUGUCAAUCAGUUGCCGUUGGACGCGUUCGCUCAAUCACUUGGAUUACCCAAUCCUCCUCGGAUUAGAUUUCUCAAGAAAGCAGAGAAAAGGUAUGGUAAGCAAGAUGACUCGCAGAUUGACGUCAUCGGCCCGAGCAGUCGAUUGGAAGAAAACAGUGGGAGCAGUGAUGAAGAGACUAGAGACGAGGAAAGUAACAACGAGAAGGAUCUGGGGAAUAGUGCAAAAAUGAUUAAUGUUAGCGCUCCACAAGAUGAUUUACUUGUUCUUAAGAAACGACACAUUGACUUCGACCCAGGCCCACCGUUAAAAGAGGAAGAAAUUCCAGAAAAAGAGAAGAAAUCAAGGAAACCAAAGAGCAAAAUUGCUGUUGCCAAAAAGAUACUUAACAAAAACGUGAAGGUGAACACAAAGAUUGUGUUCGACGACGAAGGAGAGCCAGUAACGAUUGAAGGAGCUCCUCUCGAUCACACGGGUGAGCCUGAAUCAUCCAAUGAGACACUCGAACCAGUUCCCCUCAAUGAGAGCCACAAGCGUCAAGUGGGUGGAAUUUCGGUGGCAGAAUCGCGUGACUUGAUGCGCGAGGCAGAUUUGAUUGACAGGAAAGUGGAGCGGGAACGAAUUAGAAGCAAGCACAAAGAACAAAGAAAGAAAAUCAAGAAACGACGACGCGAAGAACAGGGUGUCUCCGGUGUCAGUUUAGCUGAAGAUGAAGAGAACGCAGAGGAAUCGUUUGAGUCUGAUGAAGAAACACCAGUGAGCCCAAAGAAGAGAAAACGAUUUCCAAAGGGUGAAAAAUCCAUAGAUAUCUCUUUGGAUUUGGCCCCUCAAGGAGCAUCUUUGGCAGAUGACGAGGAGCUCGCAUUACAGUUACUGACAGGAUCUUGAUAAAGAGGGAGACAUUUGGACUAAGAGGAACCGAGGAACACUCUCGUGAUACCUGGUCCCGGUCCCUAUAAAUAACGAUCCUCAAAGUGUGGAUUCCUUUUCACGUGAAAGGAAAAGCUCCCACUAACCUGGAUCUAUUGCCAAAGACGAUGAAAUGUGGGUUUCUGGUCAAAUUUAUGACCUACCGCCAGAAAUACCACGUAUUCGACACGAUGUUCUGUGUUUGGAUCCUGCACAAGUAUCGUCCAAAUAGUACUUAUUUGGGUCCACGCAAAUACUCAGUCCAAAGGGUCACGACAAAAUUUAUGGAGCUCGAUGCCUCCCAAAAAACGGCUGCUACUAAGUGCAAAGGAAUAAAUGCAACCUCGUUCCCAUUCCUCAAACCCUUUUAGGAAGAAGAGAGAGGGCCCUGGGAACAAGGUUGAAAUGAAUGCGGGGACCCUAGUUUAUGUCGUCGACAACUUUUGCUCAGUUCAUAUCUUACUUACACCAACAAGUUUAGGUUGACCUUCUCUAUCUAACACAAUGAUUGCCUCUCGCGAUAUUAAUUCUCAAUUUUACGCACUGUUGUGCGUUUAGAUUAGAGAAUUUAGGGUUAAAUCAGAGGGAAUCUUACCCCCCCCUCCCCCGUAAUUUUCAUUUUGUCAUCUUUCUGGUCAAGAAUGUAUUGAUUUUAUCACAUAGGGAAAAGCAAUUUUUAUCACUCCGGGGAGGGUAGAAGUUAGCCUUUAACACCUUAACAUCAGAACGCAAGAUCUUCCUUCUGUUUUCUCUACAUUUCCUAUGGUACUUGCAAGGUGAAUUUGUCUAAGAAUCAAGAGCUUCUUGAGUUUUCGAUCAUUUGUUUAAUUCUUAUGACCAUAAUGUUUGAUUCAGGGGGUUUAAACUGUUGAGAGAAACUAGAUGCUUUGUGAUGACUCCUAUUAAAGGACUUAUUGAAGACACGUCCGUCAUCGGGAACUUUAUUCGAACCACGAUAUAGAACAAAAGUUCACACUAACAGCCUCUUUUCUGUUCUCCACCUACUUAAUUGGGGAUACUUAAGAUGUUUUAAAAUUACAACUCUUAAAAGCAACGAACAAUCAAAUUGAAUUGUUCUACAUGAUAAAAACUUAAAACACACAAACAAAAACAAAAACGUAACCUAAACAUAAUUCAAAGGACGGGAAAAAAUCACCCUCUAAGUUUUAUUCCAAUAAAUUUCAGCAAAACAAAAGUAUCCAGUGCUAACGUAAAAAAGUGAUUGUGUUUGAGAGCAAUAUAAAACACGAUUUUUCAGUUCGGAAACCAAUUAAAUUGUCAUUCAUUGACAGCAAGAUGUCUUUGUAAUGUUCAAUUUUCCAGUUUUUUUUUGUUAUGGCAUAAGGAGGGAACAAUGAGAGUUUCACCUCUGGAUAUGACACAUAGUCUGUUUACGUGUUCUGUCCUCAACGUACUCCCAGUGAAGCGUACUUCUUGCGUGCCUAGUCUUAUUUUUGUGCAUUCUAUUUAACAAUUUGUUAUUGUGUGGAUAUUUCUAUCUUAUUGAUGCAUUCUUUUCAGUCAUUGUGGUGAGAUCGUAUUCGAUACGUAAGCUGCUUGGGAAGUACGAAUAACACCUAGGGUGCCUGCACGCAUAGAUAGAAGUGGGUAUAAUUCUUAAAAGAUAUUGGUUCCUCGAAUAUUGUUACGUGAUCUGUAUUGAAACAACUAAACACGACCUCGAUUUAAGUCGA